UCAUCAUUCAUUUUGUUUCACACAACAUACUAGGGUGGACGCGGUGCCGAGCAUUCCCAAAAUAACAUAGAUGUUCUGUUCUCAUUGUUAUGUGAUUAGACAUUAUGAUUAAUUCAAUCAAAGAUUUAUUCCAUCAAUAUUUAAUAAGUGUAUAAUUAAUAUAAUCGUUAUAAAACUGCCAAAGUAGUUCGUUUUCUAGUGUUACGGAUUUAAGAAAAAUAGAUUAAUUACAGUUUAUGUGAUGCAUGUAACGAAUAAUGUGAACUUAUAAUAGCCGGCAGUAAUGAAAAGACAGCGUGAUGACUGUACUACUAACGGCGUCGAUUCUGCUGCUAUUACUAACUGUUAUAAGAGCAGAAGUUUUGGACUUCGACGAUAAAAACCAAGAUGACAUCUGUUCGCUGUGCACCUGUAAAUUAGACAAAACAGUAAUUGAUUGUUCACGUAGAGGUCUUACUGCACUUCCAGAUGGUAUUGACGAAAAGGUUACAAAGCUCAACCUUUCCAAUAAUGAGAUUACAAUGUUUCCAGAAAAUUUAAAUAAGUUAUACAAUUUGAUUACAUUGGAUGUCAGCAAUAACCGUCUGAGUGAAUUGAACAAAUAUGCACUAUUCAAUUUGAGUUCACUGGAAGUGUUGGAUAUAUCUAGAAAUUAUUUUGAAAACUGGCUUAACCUAAGCCCAAAUGAUCUCUUAUUGCCUGCGAUGAAACUUAAAUCUUUAGAUCUAUCACAUAAUAAGUUCAGAUCUAUGGAUAAUCUAGUCAAUCAGCAACUGCUAAUAAGUUCUUCGCUGGAAAUUUUGAUUUUAGAGUACUGCGAAAUAGACUCAAUUUCUGGUAAAUCUAUCCUAAGUGGGUUGACGAAUAUAAAAAUUUUGAGAUUAAACUUUAACCCCUUGGUAAAAAUACAAGGGCUGGUAUCUUCAACUUUGAAAAGUUUACACCUAAGUAAUUGUCAAUUGACAACAGUAAAUCAAGAUGAAUUGGCAUAUUUACCUUCUUUAAUCUACCUAAAAAUGUCACACAACUAUCGAUUAGAAUUAGCAGCCUCUACGUAUACACUGUACUCAGCCUCUCUAAAAUUCUUAGAUAUAUCUUACUGCAAUGUUCUUCAUACAAGUCUACAAGGAUUCCCCAACUUAAAGAAGGCAAUAAUUAACCACAAUAUGAUUAGAUACUUACGAAGUUAUGAAUUAAGAAAUAACACAAAACUGGAAUACCUUGAUUUGUCAUACAAUAACAUUGGAUCUAUGCGAGUUGACACAUUUAAGGGGUUAAGUAUGCUCAAGUUUUUGGACCUGUCUUGGAACCAAAUAGCAUCUAUACCAGAAGGGACUUUGUCAGAAAUGCCCUCAUUAACUCAGCUCAAAUUAGCUAGAAACUAUAUAAGUCAAGUUGGACACAUGAAAUCAACAUCGAUAACAGUCUUAGAUAUAAGUUCGUGUGAAAUAAACACAAUAAGCAAAGAUUCUUUAGAAGGAUUGCAGUCACUUAUUGAUAUAGAUUUGUCACGAAACCUUAUAUCACACAUCCCUGACAGUAUUUCGUCAAAUACACUAAAGUAUUUAAAUUUGAAUUACAACAGAAUAAGUCAUAUAAAUAAUUUAACUUUCUUCAUGCUACCUCGUCUGACACAAUUAGGUGUUAUAGGUAACCGUUUCACUAAUAUAUGGAAAAAGUCAUAUUUUGAAUCAAAUCCCUACUUAGAUAGAUUAGACUUAAGCGAUAACAUGUGGAGAUGUGACUGUAGUGACCCUAACAUGUACGAUUUCUAUGAAUUUGCAACAUUAGAGCCUUUCAAAAAAGAAGAAUCAUUUAAUCUUGUGUGCAGCAGUCCGAUAAACUUGAUUAGUCAAACUUGGUUAGAAGCUUGUUAUUUUACUUGGUACCCAAGCCAGAAUGUAGCCAACGCUAAUAGUUUAAUAUGGUUUAUAGUUAUAAUGAUAACUGGCUUAUCUUUUUGUAUUUUAUUGGUAAACUGUAUUCGUAACUCAAUGAAACGACGCUUGCUUGCGAUUCAACAAGAAAGAGAAAGACAAGUCGACGAAGCUAGGCAGAGGUUAAGGGAAUUAAGAAUACGUGCUGAACAAGAAUCAUUGACAAAUGCACCUGAUCCUCGCGAUCUCAUUUCACCUCCAUCAUAUGAUGAAGCUCUCUCAAUGCCUAAGUUGAAUGUGUCAACACAUUCCCUCUGUGAAACAGGUACUGGUAAAACUAAAAGAAGAAGAGGUCGCAGAAAAACAAAAUCCAGUGGUGAUCUGUUAGAUGAAACAGAGAGGAAUGGCGAUUUGCCUGUUUUGGACGAUACGGAACCAACUUCAGAUGACACCAGAAGGCGCCGGCGUAGAAGACCUAAUAGAUACGGUAGCCAUGAAAUAGCAGAACUAGAUCAUUCCCCAGGGGCUCGACGUAGGCGAAUGUCUGAAAUUGGUGCUGAGGAAUCCGUUACUGUGGAAAUAGAAUUGGAAAGACCUCUUCGUCCAAGGAAUCGAAGAUAUUCUAGUGACGAUAAUGAAGUAAGAGAAAGUGAUUUUUAAAAUAGAGUAACAUUAUAUAGGCGAAUAUAAUUUUGUAUA